ACACAGAAAUUUUGUUCAAUAAAACCCCCUUCUGCCCUCCACUUCUCUCCAAAUUCACUUGGUCUCUGUAAUAUCUCUCAAAUUUUCUCGUCGUUCAAACCAAAAAGGGAUAACCAACCGAAAGCGUGAAACGAUGGCGUUCCGCCUGAGCAACAACCUAGUCGGAAUCCUCAACUUCAUAACGUUCCUCCUCUCGAUCCCCAUCCUGGGCGCCGGCAUCUGGCUGAGCCGGGAAGGCGUAACGGAGUGCGAACGGUUUCUUGACAAGCCCGUGAUCGUAAUCGGAGUCUUCCUCAUGGUCGUCUCACUCGCGGGACUAAUCGGCGCGUGCUGUGGCGUGACGUGGCUACUCUGGCUUUACCUCGUGGUCAUGUUCCUCCUCAUCGUACUUGGCAUCGUCUUCACCAUCUUUGCUUUCGUGGUGACGAACAAAGGGGCGGGACAAGUGGUAUCUGAGAGAGGAUAUAAGGAAUACCGACUUGGGGAUUACUCAAAUUGGUUGCAGAAGAGAGUUACUGAUGAGAAGAACUGGAAUAAAAUUAAGAGCUGUUUAGCUGAUAGUAAAGUUUGCACUAAUUUCCGUGAAAAGUAUCUUAAUGAUACUGUCACGGAGUUUUAUAAGGCGCACUUGUCUGCCGUUCAGUCUGGUUGCUGUAAGCCAUCAAACGACUGUCAAUUCACCUAUGUUGGACCGACUAACUGGACUAAAGAGAAUGGCGUCUUCACCAAUAGUGACUGCAAUCUAUGGGAUAAUAAUCUGGAUACUCUAUGCUUCAAUUGCCAGGCAUGCAAGGCCGGAUUUAUAGACAACCUCAAGAGUUCUUGGAAGAAGGUGGCUGUUGUCAACAUUGUAUUCCUCAUCUUCCUCAUCGUGGUCUACUCUGUCGGCUGCUGUGCUUUCAGAAACAAUAGGAGAGACAAUGCUUACAAUCAAGGGUGGAAGCCUUGAGGUUGUUUUCGUUCUUAGUUUUGGAUUUUGGAUGUCAGCAUGUAGGGUUUAGUUCUUGGAUUUGCUAUUUUAUUUUCUGCUCUGUUUUUUAUUGUCUGUUUGCAUGUUGGACCUUGUUGUAUAGCUUUCAGUUCCUUAUCUAGUUGUUCUUACAACAUUUUAUAAAUAUGUAUCGUUUAUAUGUUUAUUUAAAAGCUGUCAUCCUUAAUUUUUUGUGUCUCAUUUGUUACCAGCGUUGAUGUUUUCAAGUUUCUCUUCCUGAAAAUUUGUUGAUAAAUCA